AUGUCCACCCAGUUGCAUUUUUCUUCGCAGCCAUUGCAUGAAUCACCAGAUCACAAUUCUUCAUACAGUCAUCAGAAUGGUAUUGGUGAUCGCUUAUUUUUGGGGCAGAGGCGAAUGAUUCUGCUACGUGUCUCGUUAAUCAUAUCUCCUCUAGCGUUAUUCGGAUGUCCCAACGGUAAUAUCGGAAGUGCUUUGAGCAUAUUGCUUCCGUUUGCUGUUCUGUCUAUUUUCUUAUACCUGAAUCUGUGCGCUCAUCUAAAUUAUCACCCCGUUAUACUAUGCUUGGAUACGUUCUCUGGGGAAAACAAGACGACUCAAGGGACUUAUUGA